AGUCGCUGCCGACAGCCAACGAGGAGUUUCACUACUGAUGUACCAUUUACAGAUUUUGAAAAAUCAUAUGCAUGGACCAGAACUGGGAGGGUACCGGUACUAGAAGGGGUGGGAAAAUAAGGGUUUCGACAAAAAAGGUAGAAUUAUCGAUAAAAAAGGUAGAAGUAGACGAAACGCAAAAGGUAGAAAUCGAGAAAAAUAGGAGCCUUAGAGAACCAAAAAAGGUGGAAAAAAGGUAGAAAAAGACGCAAAAGGGGCUUGGCAGGAGGUCGCAGCAAAAGGACGAAGGGCAACUUCUACAGAAAGAAGGGCUUGUCCAUCUUACUUGCAUAUGCACGCACACUGGGGGGGGGCGGGGGGAUCGCAAAGGGAGGGAGCGCGCCGCAAAGCUCCUGCUGCGGGGGGGGGGGGCGGGGGGGGCGCAAAUGGCGGAAGCGCGCCGCGAAGCUCCUGCUGCCUGGCAGUUGCCCGCGCGCCUGCCUCUGGCGGGUGCGAGGUACUGCGGCAAGAGCGGGAGAACAUAGAGAAACGGAAGGUGCAGCAAGAUGCGCCAAGCCUGAGGGACCGGCCGCAGCUUGGUGGCAAUCCUGCCAGGACACUGCGCGGCCAAGCGCGCGCGGCUCCCCACCGGGCCCGGGCGCGCAUUGCACAAGCCACCGGGGCGCUGCGUUGGCAGUGAGUGGGGUGGAAGGAGCAGCCUACAAGAAGGGCCAAGGUCAGGCCCCCUAUUUUCCGGGCCCCUUCUGAUACCGCGGCCCCAGUUUUUCCCGGGGCCAUGUUGGCCCCAGUAUUUCCGGGGACCCCGCCAGAACUAUAAGGAACCCCGCGGGAAAAUAAGGACCCGGGAUUUUUGCGGCCCCGGUCCGAUUAAAGGGGGAAAAGCACCGGGGCCCUUAUAAUACAGGGGGCCCAGUUUUUCCGGUCCAUGCAUGCUGAUUCUUGCAAGACAUUACCCUACCUUGUAGAUAUCUACUAGACUUCAUAAUUUUGAUCCAUCACGACUCGAUCUUCUAA